CGUGGGCUUCCUGUGCCUUCUCGACCCAGUCUUAACGGUGGURUCAUGGCGGACGAGCAGUAUUAACAGCGAUGAAAUGGCGGCGAGGGGGUUUUCCUUCAAGGAGCUCUCUCAAAGAACUAGCCUAGCUGAUUUUGAAUGGGAUGAUGAAGAGGAAGACAAAAAGCCMAAGAAAAACCCAUUUGAUUAUGGUGAAUYUGAUGUGUCAUUUGAAGCCUCAGCAUUUGAAUUGAGUAAGAAAGAAAUCAAAGAGUUCCUUAAUACAUCAAGGGGAAUCACCUAUGCUGAUGACAAUGAUGACUCACUAGGGGAGCCAUGGGGAGGUGCUCAGUUCAGCCUAAAAACUGAGAAACCAGCAGAAGCUUCAAAGUCAGCCAGAUUUCGAUCUGAAAGUUUUGACAAUCAACASUUCUCACAAUCAACUAAGUCAUCGUCAUCUUUUUUUACAUGCAUUUUGUCUCUCUAUGUAUCUUCACAUAAAAGUGAAAAUGUUCAACAUGUACACAUAAGCUGCAUGAUAUUUUCAUCAUCCUUGCCAUCUCUAAUUUACACAUUUGAUUCACAGGUAAUUUUAUUUCUUAAAAGAACAGUUAAAAAUGGUAUAUUUGUCAGGGAAUUGUGUAAAAACCAAAAGGCUGUGGACCAUUAUUGUAAAUACCUACAGCAGCACUAUGARUUUACUGAAUUAGCACAUCUUUAUAGAAUUCUUGGAAGACAGGAAGAGGCUGCUAUUGUGAAAUUCAAGCAAGCUGUCAAAUCAUCAGACCCAAGUCUACGCCUCCACUCAAUUAAAGAUGUAUACAGGAAUGACAUUUCUCUCUACCAAAGUAUAUCACCUGAYUUUUCAUCAGCUGUGCUGGAUUACACAAAACUCUUAGAGAUGCAGAUCUCUUUGGAGACUGUCCAGAGCAGUCCACUUUCAUUGAGGAACACUUUUAAAAUUUCAGAGAAACAAUACGAAUGGACAGCACUUGCAGCAUGCGGUAAGAUCAGAAGAUGGAAAGAAAUUGAUGACAUUCUAAAGGGAAAGGGUUGGUUUGGCACUUCAAAGCACCGUUCACUUAUAGGUUUUGAAAGAGUAGCAACUCUACUAUWCCAGAGCAAGGCACCAGUUGAGGUAGUUGGUAAGUACUUGAAUCUUGUUGAUGACCCUUCAAAACGAUUGACACUGGCCACCAAGUGUAAAAAUCAUGAUGUUGUUAUUGAGACUCUAGUUUUGAUKAAAGACAGGCAGAAGUUGGACCAGUACAGACAGCAACUUCCUAAUCAUGCUCCACAACAUCAAACAAUCACAAACUACCUCAGGAAUUYACAAAUAAAGUGGAAGAAUUAGAGAUUUAAUCCAUUGCUCAUAUUUUGGAGUUUAUAUAAUUUAGAUUUUUUUAAACUUUUCUACUCAUUUAUGUGGCGCCUUUGAAUCAAAUAUUGCCCCMAAAAAAAUCUCAGGGGGGUUCAUUGGAUGCAUCAGCACCUUAUUCUCUCAACAUACUCCACAUGAGCCAGAGGGUCUAGUGGUGGUUUCCCUGAUGGUUCACCCCCCUGGGAAAAAUCCUGGAUUCACCACUGAAUAUUGGAUGCUAUUCAAUAGCAAAUAAAAUUAUUGCUUGGAUCUUUAGCAUAUUAUAAAAUGUUAAAAUUGUGUAUGGUUCUGUAAAAAUUUUAUAUAAUCUGUUUUCAGAGAGAAAAGUUGAAAAACUGUCAAUAAAAUAAUUAUUAUGAUGUAACUAGCUAGUUUACAAAUCAUAGGUUUUUUAUUUUCUUAGACAUUUUUUUCACAAUUAUUUUGAUGAACAUAGUAUAUAAAAUAAAUUAAUGAUAUAUUGAUARCUAUGUUGUUUGACACAGAAACUGGUCAGGUUUGUAGCAAUGUCAAGGCUUACAGGCAAUAAUAUUAUAAUAAAAUGAUAAAAAAUUA